AUGUUCCGAGCCUCAGCAGCAGGCCCUUAUGAUGAGGUCGUCACCAAGGCCACCGACGAGAACCUCACGUCUGAGGAUUGGGGCGCCAUCAUCGAGGUCUGCGACAAAGUAGGCAACGACCCAAAUGGCCCCAAGGAGGCUGUACAAAGCAUCAUCAGGCGCCUUGCCCAUCGCAACGCCAAUCUUGCGCAUGCGCUCGCCCAAAACUGUGGGAAGAACAUGCACCGCGAACUUUCCAGCCGUGCCUUUACAGAUGCCCUCCUCCGUCUUACCAACGACCGUAAUACCCACACACAAGUCAAGUCUAAAAUCAUCGAGCACAUGAAGAGCUGGUCCGAGAUGUUCAGCAGCGAUCCCGAGUUGGGCAUCAUGAGUGACGCCUAUAACCGUGCCACACGAAGCAACCCAAACAUCCAGCCCCCAAGUGCUCCUCAGAAGCAGGGCCUUACCGAGCUCGAUCGCCAGAAGGAAGAGGAUGAAUUGCAGAUGGCUCUCAAGUUGAGUCUGCAAGAGGAGGAGCGCAAGAAGACUGCUGCAACCAGUCCAGGCGCACAAGCCGGUCCUAGUGGCCAGACAGAGAGCCCUGCUCCUGCUGCGCCAGCUGGAACUACAGCGGCCACGGUGAGCCGCGUACGUGCGCUCUUCGACUUUGCUCCUUCUGAGCCCGGAGAGCUGGAAUUCAAGAAGGGUGACGUGAUUGCUGUUCUCGAGAGUGUAUACAAGGACUGGUGGCGAGGCUCUCUCAGGGGCAAGACUGGCAUCUUCCCGCUCAACUAUGUCGAAAAGCUUACCGAUCCCACACCGGAUGAGUUACAACGCGAGGCUCAGAUGGAGGCUGAGGUGUUCGCCGAGAUCAAGAACGUUGAGAAGCUCCUCACGUUAUUGAGCACUUCCAACACAGCGCCCCGAGAGGAAGAUAAUGAGGAGAUUUCCAAGCUUUACCACCAGACUCUUGCUAUUCGACCCAAGCUUAUCAAGCUGAUCGAGAAGUACUCUCAGAAGAAGGAUGACUUUACACAGCUGAACGAAAAGUUCAUCAAAGCCAGACGGGACUACGAGGCUCUUUUGGAGUCUUCCAUGGCCCAUCCUCCUCAGCACAACUACCAGCAAUACGCAAUGCGACCGGGUCCCAGCCAGGGCUAUCCUCAAGCUGGUGGAUAUCCUCCACAGGGAGCAGCUCCUCAGGACCCCUCAAGAUAUUAUACUCCUGGUCCACAAGAGCAACCUCCUUAUCAAGCAUCGUCUCCUCCCCCUAACUUCCAGAACCAACCUCAAGGUCAAUCGGCACCUUUCUAUGUAGCAGGAGCUGAAGUGCCCGCUGGUUCACAACCCUACCCUCCCCGGAACGAGUCUCCUUCCAAUGGUAAACAACCGGCCCCUAUCAAUACCUCGACACCGGGCCCGAACUUAAACCCCUACAACCAAUCUCAGAACAACAACCCUUACACGCAAGCGCCUACGGGAGGACGACCUGGUAGCACAUACGGAGCCCAAGAGUUGGCUACGUCUGUCUACGACUCCCCUAUAGCCACCAACAACCCACACCAACCGACCUCGGCUGCCACAUUCUCGAGCUCGGUGUAUUCUCCUGAAGAGCCCAACGAUAACGCCAGCGCACCAGCCCCUGGUCCUUAUGCAACGCAUCAGCAGCAGCCUCAACAAUACCAGAGCUACAAUCCUUCUUCCCAAGUCCCUCCCAUGCCCACAGGGUCAGCUCCCCCUCCUCCUCAGAGUGUCAUGACACCUCCCCCUCUGAACCCUGGGAAUGCCGGCGGAUAUGAUGCUCGUCAUGGUCUGCCCAGCCAAGGUGGUGCUGGUCAGGCUCAGUACAAGCCUUAUGUGCCACCCGGCGAUGGUCCUUCGGCUCCUGCACCCGACAGUUACUAUCAAAGCGGGGGAGUUUACUAA